CAUUGGCGUCACAUCUGGCCAUAUGAUCCCGAUACGUAUAGCGGUCUAGGAUAGCGAGAAGUCCGUGGAGAAGUCAGAAUGAUUUUUCAGUGAAUUAUCUGAAUUUUAUUACGGCGGAGAGUGAGAUACGUAAAGAAAUUGUACGAACCCUAGGAUUCGUUUCUCUUACGAAAGACUCCACGAUCUGUAAGAAUACUGAAAGAUACAAGGUUUGAUACGUUUGACAGUAUCUUGUACACACUAUUCCUGCGACAGCGAGAAUUUUUCCUUAUCUUUGAAUCGAAAACUGUUUCGUAAACUUUACGAAUUUUACGACAUUUCAUACUUAAAAAUCAACCGCCUGAAUCGUUUGCCUGAUGGGAAUGCAUAGUCUGUGACACGAGAUCUGUAAACGGUUCUUUAUUCCUUUGGAUUAAAUUUAGCUACCUGAUUAAAAUGGUGAAACUGUACGCACUAACAAUUUUGUACAAAAAUCCUACAUCGGUGAUGCAGCUAGCAGCUGCUUACGAUGUAGAGUCGUUUUCAUUCUUUCAGAAGAACAGUAUUAAGGAAUUCAUGGGCUUUGUCAGUAAGACUAUUGUGGAAAGAACACAGACAAGCGCUAGACAAAGCGUCAAGGAAGGAGAAUACAUGUGCCAUGUGUAUGUACGCGCCGAUAAUCUAGCUGCGGUACUCAUCUCGGAUCACGAGUAUCCUAGGAGAGUUGCUCAUACUCUACUCACGAAGGUGAUGGACGACUUUGCGACGAAGCAUCCACCAUCGACGUGGCCCACGUUGAAAGAGGUUACAUCUGAUUUUCGGCAGAUUAAUACGUACUUAGCCAAGUAUCAGAAUCCGGUCGAGGCGGACGCACUCACCAAGAUGCAAAACGACCUGGACGAAACGAAAAUUAUAUUGCACAAUACGUUAGAGGCGGCGCUCCAGAGGGGUGAAAAGCUGGAUGAUCUAGUCGCCAAGUCGGAAGGACUCAGCGCUCAGUCGAAGGCGUUUUACAAAACCGCGCGGAAAACUAAUUCCUGCUGUAGUUUAGCUCCUUAGGACGUUAAUUGUUUUCUUUGCGUUUUCCAGCGCUCUGACGCUUCAAUAUUUCGCGAUAAAUGUGACUUUGUAAUCUUAACUGAAGUGUUAUUUAUAUGAUUCACGGAAAGAAUGAAAGAGUGUGUAGCAGGAAGGGGGGGUUUAGCGAACGAAGAGAGACGCAACAAAGCAUGUAUUAGUUUAUCGAACGUAUUGAGAUUCCUCACUGCUGUGCACGUUGAAUCACGAAAUCAGAAGCGAGCGAUGACAUGCGAGAAGAAACGGACUUAUUCCGGUGUAUAGCGCUAAGAGAGCAGAAAGAUUGUAUGUACAACUUCUCGCUUCUGGCUUUUAAGCAGGAGCCUUGUCUUCUUUUGAAUUCCCGAUUUAUCGAGGGGCAAAUAACAAACUGCCGAUUCCUCCAAAUUAAGUGGAAUUUUUUAUAUGGAUGUUACACGCCCAUGGAAUACUGUGAGAAACGGUCCUAAGUAAUUGCGAUUACACACAGGAGAAUUACUUCCUAGACGUGCGAGAAAAUACGAACUGUAAUGGAAUUCGUGUAAGAUAAAAGAAAAAUUGAGUGUCAAAUGUCGCCUUAAACACAUUCCGAAUGUAUGUGUACCCUUUUUACGUGUAAAAAGAAUGCGAUAGCAACUAUGCAGGUAUGAUAAGAUAAUUUAAAUAUUCUCGAUUGGACGAUUUGUUCGAGUAACUAGUUUCCAGUUCGUCUAGCGUGGUUAGUAAUAAAGUAAUCAAAAAACUCGCGUGAAUUUCGCGAGAUGUAGUUGACCUUUCGUUUUUGAUAAACGAAUGACGCUUUUUGUAAUCGCUCUGUAAUAAUUUGUAAUCUCGCAAUUUUGCUACUACAAUUACAUUGAAAAAUCAUCCGUGUUGUUGUAUGUAUAUGGGAAACGUUGCACAUCUAGUUCCAAAGAAGUUUGUUUAAAUAAUUUAUCUGAUAUAUUUUCAAUUCUUAUCCUUUUUAUAUCGAUUAUUGUAUUAAUAGAGACCGUAAAUAUAUAAAAUGAAUAUUAUCGAUGUCUGUUGCGUUACAUAUUACAUCAAAUUAAUCAAUAAACAAGCUUGCGAUUAUUUGUGGUCUGAACGUGGAAGACUUUGAUGAUGUGUCUUAAUGAAAGAAAAGAAAAAAAAAACAAGAAAGAAAUGAUAUACAGGGAAGGUGAAGGCUCUUAUAUUUUCGAGCAAAAGAGGAAAACGGGCAGAUGAAAAUUCUAAGAUGCGGAUCUUAGUACGUAGUAGAUUGAAAAAGUAUUAUUGAUGUCUGCAACGAGCUGCGGUCCUCCUUUUAGGAUCUUGUUGAUCCGUUUUUUCUUUAGGAAAAAAAUGAUAUAUUCUGUGUAUAAUAUUUAAGUGACAAUUGUAAUCUUUAUACUGUGUAUGUGUUGAAGAAUGUCACGCGUGAGCCAGUAAAUAUAUUAAUAUAUUUUCAAAUCA